CGGAACGGCGCGCCAGUCGCGCGGCUCGUCUGGCGUAGCCGAAGAAACCAAGGCAGCGACGCAGGAUGGUGCGCAGCUGCAGCUGCCCGCCAGUAGGGGAGACUCACAAGAACUGCCAAAAGGAGCGACGAGUAGUGCAGGAGGAGCUCCUGCAACGUCAGUUUCGAGGUGUUCCAGCGGUGCGACGCAAGAGGGGCUCCACUCUAGUACUGCUGCGGCUACAAAUGCAGAGGGCGGUACUAGCACCGGGGCUGUUCUUCCAGUGAUAAACACAAAACCAGCAUCCAGUUCCACCACGGACGAUAUCGGUAAAGGACCACUGGAAUCUUCAGAUGAGUCUCCGAAGGUGCAGAACGUGGUGGUUUCAGAUGGUGGAAGUAAAAAAUCUCAAACGCACUCCUCAAAGACUCCGCCUCCGCAACAGGAUCAUCAACGAAAUGCUGCUACAGAGCUGCACCAAACCGUUGAAGAGGACGACGUCAACCAGCCGCAAUACAUGGGAGAGACGCCGUCGCCAGCUCCGUCUCCAGUCCCGCUGCCGACGCCCCCUGCGGCGGUUCGCCAAAAGUCCGAAGCGGUAGCGGGCGGAACGGGAACCAGAAGCGGCUCUACGAAAUCGAUUACGCUGAAUUACAAUGUCCUGAACCAGCAGACCAUCGUCCACAAUACGAACCCGGCGCAGCAGCAGAACCUGUCAACCCUCUCGCUGCAGCAACAGCACCUGAUCAACCAGUUGGAGGAGCACAUUGUCGAGAUCGAGUUGGUAUGAACUGCAAAAGUAUCGUACUCGUAUAAAUGCAUUACAAAUUUCCUCGACAUGAGAAAUAAAAUUUGUAAUGCGGAUUUACCUCAACAAAAGGAUUUGUAAUGCAUGAUUGCAAUACGAGUACGAUACUUUUGCACAGGAUAGUUGGCCCACUUCGCCGAGAGGCAGCAGUUUGAGUUGCAGCUGCAGGCCGCGAAAACCGCUCUCACCGUGCAGAAGAAUUUC